UGUCAGAUUAUUUUUUAUUUUGAAUCAAACAGCAACGUGAGUUACAGCUGAGAUGACCCUCCUAAGGAAAAAGCAACCUGGGAGGUCUGGACUGAUGCUCAGCUGCUUCCUGCUCUGGAUGUCUCUGCAGCCAGAUUCCCGUAAUCAUGUGUCAGCAGUCAACCUGCGGCGUUUCAUUGGUUGUGCAGUUCGGGAGUUUAUUUUCCUGGCCAGGAAGCCCGGAUGCGGCAGCCUGCACAUCACCACCGAUGCCUGCUGGGGGCGCUGUGAGACCUGGGAGGUGAGGAGAAGGGAGGCAUUUGCUCUGCUGACCUCAGCAGCCUCUGCAGGGCCCUCCAGUCACGACCAGUACUGUUCCCGUACCACUGGGUGAUGUUACCAGUCAGAACACUCUCCACCACUCCAGUGUAGAACAUCCUCAUG